AUGACGUCAUGAUCAACAGUCGGCUCGAACAAAACGUCCACGUCCCAAAAAAUGUAGCGGGUAAAAUGAUGAGUUACAACGGCCAACGGACAACGACUGAAGAGUGAAGACUAAACACUAGACAGUGAACAUUGAACAGUUAAUUAGUGUGAUCAGUGAAUAUUGAAGAUUGGACGCUGGUCGUUAUUCUGUUAGUAGUCUUUUUAUUCUGUUAGUAGUCUUUUAUCUAUGAUUCUGUAUUUCUGUGACUGAACCCUUACCAGUCACCACGUCGGUGGUUCACCGUUCACGUAAUUCGAAUUAGAUAAAUCGACGACCGUGAUGGAUGACAUAGAAUUGAAAUACGACUAUGACUCGGAGGAUCAGGAAGAAGAUGACACGGACACGGAGUACGACAAUCCGCCAUCGCCCAAGACCACAUUCGGAGAUAAUUGCUGCACAAACAAAUGCCUGUUGAUGUUUGACGACGAGUUUAAGACACGUUUUAAGGCGGAUAUGUCACUGCUGCAAAAAUUUGAAAAAAACAUUUAUUUGUUCGCGAUGAUCUCCAUCAACAGAAACAAGAUAAACGCCACUAAAAUUAUCAAGUCUUCAAAAUAUUUCCAAUAUGCAGUUAAGCAUUACGGAGUGAAUCAAUCUGUGUGCAAAAGCGCAUUUGUCAUCCUGCACGAUACAACUCCAGCGCUGGUACGAACAUUGUGCAUGAAGAUGACAGUAGGGCAUAAUACACCUGUUGACGGCCGUGGUAAACAUAAUAAUCGAUCGACUAUAUCCGACGAAACAAAAGUUGCGAUAAAAGAUCAUUUCUUCAGCAUCUUAAAGUCGCCUAAUAUUUUCAAAUGUGCCAAGAAAAAUCUUGGGCAACCCAAUAUUUCUCAGCUGUGGAUUAGUUUUAAACAAGAACACGGUCAUAUAUCCCGUUCAACAUACACAAAAUAUAUUCAAUCAUUAUUAACACCAGAAGUUGUAUCAAACUUUAUGUGUGCAAACCAAGCAAAACAAAUUUUACAAUACAUAAAUAAAAAUAAAUCACGUUAGGGAUAAAUUUACUAUUAACUAUUUAUUGUAUUUUUUAUUUAAGCGAUUAGUAAUUUUUACUUUUUAAGAAGUAUUAAUAAGUAUAAAAUUAAUAUGUACAUAAUAUUUAAUAUAUGUACAAAUGUUUGUUAUUAAAGUUCCAAAUAUUCAUGUAAAACUAGGUCAGGUCAAUUGAGAAUAAAGGUAUAAUUCCAUAGCUGACAAUAACUAUAUGGCCUAUUGCUUAUUCAUAAACAUUUUUUUUUUUUUCAAUAUUUAAGUCGUAAUUUUUUUUCAGUUUCCCAAUUGUGGGCAGACUGAAAUUCUGUACUUAACUGUAUUUUUUGUAUUCAAGUUAAAUGUAUUAAUGGAUUUUAAUUA